GUCGAAACCGUGGAGGAUUCGUCUGGGGAUUACUCCCUAUUGGCCACCUCGUUAAAUCUGCCAGUGAAGGAAGGGCGCAUGUGCUGCUUCAGCAAGGGGCGUGAUAAACAGUGUAGAUAUAAGACAACGGGCUUGGAUUUUCCCUUAGCCAUUACAUGUAUGUUUGGACUAAUUAUAACCGACAUGUACGAUUGAGAAGGAUGGAUGGCUUGGUAUCAGAAAGGAUGCCUCCUUAAGUAGCACCCAUCGCACGCUUGACUGACGAGAGUCGCAUUCCAUCAUCUCUAACCCCUUCCCAAGUCAACAGUCUAUACCAAGAAUAUCCGCAACGAUGGCACAAAUGGCACCAUGGCUGAUCAUCCUACUCGUUCUUCUGGGCUGUGCACUGUUUGCCGUCACGAUAGCAGGACUAGGGAAGAUGUAUUACGGAGAUACCAGCACGACAGUGGAUAGCAAACCAUCAGAUGCACAGGCGAGCUACAUGCGAGAAGUUAGAGCGAGGAAUCAGAUUGCUAUAAUGCACAAGAUGCCACGUGCCCACAUGCAGCGCUCCUACACAAACUACACAGACUACUCGUCGGCGACUGGAGCUUGUAAAACAUGUUCGACCAUCUAUGGUUCCAAGACACACGCCUACGCGUAUGAAGCAACGAGAUCAGCAUAUGUGCUAUACGCCACACCAUCCUUGG